GGGACGCUGCUGAGUUCUUGUCGGCCUUCUUGGCUGGCGGCUGGUUGCGCGGACUGACGAAACUGAGCCUGAGCUCCGUUUGCUUGCCGCUCUAAAUGUCAUCUGAUGAAACGUGAAGAACACGCGGUCACAAAUUGGUUGUGCGACGAUCUUAUGAGCCGCUGUAUGUCAGAGCGCGCUGAAAUCUCUAGCCCUAAGAGCUCUAAGCGUUGGCUGAAGCAUCGACGCGUAGUGCUGAGGUGGGCCCUGAAUUUCUGAGCUGGAAGUGAGGGUACAAAGAAUGGAGUCUAAGCCCUCAAGAAUUCCUCGAAGGAUAUCUGUUCAGGCCUCCAGCUCUACUCUAGGAUCUAGAACAUUAACUGGAAGCAGUUUAGCUGGUGCAUAUAGUGCAAGAGAUUCUUCACGGGGAUUAGACUCUGGUUACCAGGAAUCCGAUGUAUUGAGUAAUUCUGACAGAGACUGGGGAAUUGGAGAAAGAGAGACUCAUGAAAAUCCUUGGAAGCUUACAACAUCCUCUCCGACUCACUACUCAGGGACACUUGAUCACCCACGGUCUGGACGAUUUUUGGGAAGCAGAAACAGACUGUCUACAUCUUCCUCUUCUCAUUUUACAUCUGGGUGUUACGAUGAUUCUGAAAGAACUCAGGGAGCAUAUUCAAGACUGCAUAGCCAGCAGCAAGAUAGUGAUUCAAAGCGACCUAAGCUGUCUUGUACGUCUACCUCUUCUGUGAGAAGUAAUGGCUUGGCUGCCUUUUCAGAUUCCUCUUGGAGAUAUAGUAGGAUUCCCAGAUCAUCUUCUGUGAUGUUUGGUUCCCUGGGAACUGAGCUAGUGAGAGAGCGAAGAGAGUUAGAAAGAAGAACAGAUCAGUCCUUUAAUAAUCUGGUGGACCAUAGCUACAGAAACAGUGACUUUUCAUCUUCAGCAUAUUUUCAGGAUAGGCCUGCCUCUACAUAUGCGGAAGGAGCAAGACCAAAAGAGAACUCAUUAAGUGCUUUGAGGUUAAAUGCGUCCAUGAGCCACCAGUUGCCUUCUGCUCAUCAAUCUUUUUUCAGCAGAGACUCUAGCGUAAGAUCUUCAAGGACCGGCUAUUCUUCAAGACAAAGGAGAAAUGAAAUAGAAUCUCCCCAGAGGAAUGUACACCCGGCAUUUUCUCAUUCUUCAGCUAGAGGUGAAACUCCUUCAAGUAGUUCUGGAAGGGUUUUAUCUUCUCAGAGGUCACUGAAUGAUGCUGCAGCUGACAGUGAAGGAAGGCGCACAACCAGACAGUUGCUGUCUCGUUUAGCAUCUAGUAUGUCAUCCACAUUUUUCUCUCGAAGAUCUAGCCAAGACUCAUUGCAGACAAGGUCAUUAGGCUCUGAAGAGUCAUCUCUUGUCCCAAGAGUUCAAGCUCCUACUCUGUCUGGCACUAAUGGAACUGCAACUCCUGAAGCUCCAGGACUGCAUACAUCUGAAGCUUCUCAGGGAUUUAGCUUUCUGAGACGAAGAUGGGGUUUAUCAGGAGUUUCCCAGAGUCUUAACUCUGAUCCAGAUGGGGAAAGCUACAGACCAGACUCUGAAAGUAGGAGCACCGGGUCCUGGUUGUCAUCAUCUUUGAGGAACAGAUGUACGCCGCUCUUCUCCAGAAGACGGAGAGAAGGAAGAGAUGAGUCUGCAAGAAUCUCUACCUCUGAUGCAGCUGCUAGAUCACAGCAUGUUUUGAGAAGAAGGGAGUCAGGUGAGACCUCUCUUGAAGCAUCAGAUGGCCCUCCUAGGGCUUCUGUUAGCAGACCACCAACACCUGCAGUAUCUGGUAUUUCCACGGCUACUGCCUCCCCACCAGAUUCAGCCCACAACAGGAGAAGUUCUGGAAUUCUGCCUGGUUCUCUCUUUCGCUUUUCAGUGCCUCCAACAUUAGGAAGCAGUCUGUCUGACAAUCUUAUGAUAACUGUAGAUAUUAUUCCUUCUGGCUGGAGCCAGUCUGAUGGACAAGAAAGUGACAAAUCCAAAAUGCCACCUUCAAGAGAUCCAGAACGACUGCAGAAAAUUAAAGAGAGCUUGCUUUUAGAAGAUUCUGAGGAUGAAGAGGGUGACCUAUGCAGAAUCUGUCAGAUGUCCUCUGCAAGUACUGACAACAAUUUAAUAGAGCCGUGCAAAUGCACUGGAAGUCUGCAGUAUGUUCACCAGGAGUGCAUGAAAAAAUGGCUGCAGUCCAAGAUUAAUUCCGGUUCUUCUUUGGAAGCAGUAACCACUUGUGAACUAUGUAAGGAGAAGUUGCAGCUGAAUCUGGAAGACUUUGACAUUCAUGAACUCUAUAGGGCACAUGCAAAUGAACAAACUAUGAAUUUAUCAGCUCUGGUCUCUACCUUGUGGUGUUGUUGCACUUAUGUGAGCAGCGCUUUUCUGAUAUGCUCGGAACCGCAAGUGAGGCCAGCACACGUGUCAGAUUUAUUAACCUUGCAAGAACUCUUCAGGCACAUAUGGAAGAUAUUGAAACUUCUGAGGAUGAUUCUGAAGACUGAUGCUGGUGUAACUUUUAUGCUGAAAGAAACAGAAGUGCUGCAGAAAUGCUGAACUGACAAGAACAACAUCAACAUGCGUUUGUUUUUGGCUCUCCUUCAUAAAAAGAGCGUUGAAUAUUACUGUAGUUUUUGAAGCAUUGUGUAAUUCAAAAUCAGCUGCUGCACUGUGGAAGUCAGUGGACUUGAGAACAACUAUUCAGUAUGUGUGAAGAUUGUCUAUAUGUAUGUGUGUAUAUAUAUUCACACACAGUAUAUAUAUAUGCGCAUAUAUAUGUAAAGCAACUUCACUUUUUAAAUGAAGGUAUGCUUCAUUUGGGGAGACAUCAGAUUUUGAGUAUAUAAGAAAGCUAUAUCUCUUUCUUUCCUUCUUACUGUAUUCACAUUUCUGGUUUUGUCUAUCAAGUUUUGCUCCUCUACUGGCACUAAGUGGUUAUUGUGGGUGUUGGGGUGAGGGUGG